AGAAAUCGCUUCUUCAAAUACUCUGAUUUGAGUUUUCUCUCUGCUGAAUCAACGUAUUAACAAUCUGGUCUAUUCUUUCCGAUUUAAAGGUGGAAAUCAUGAAGCUUGACUUUAGUGGACUAGAAUCAAGUGCACCACUCUACGGAGGAAGUGAUGACAUGCUUUCUGAUGGGUUCUCAGAUGCCCCUUCAUUUGACCUUCCAGUUACAUCAGAUUUUGAUGGAUUUCAGAAGAAUUCUAUCCAAAUGGUAAAACCAGCAAAGGGAACAACAACUUUGGCUUUUAUUUUCAAGGAGGGUGUUAUGGUUGCUGCAGAUUCCCGAGCUAGCAUGGGAGGCUAUAUAUCAUCUCAAUCUGUGAAAAAAAUCAUUGAAAUUAAUCCGUAUAUGCUGGGUACAAUGGCUGGAGGAGCUGCAGAUUGUCAGUUUUGGCACAGAAAUUUAGGCAUUAAGUGUCGUUUGCAUGAAUUGGCAAACAAGAGAAGGAUUUCAGUGACGGGCGCUUCAAAGAUGCUUGCCAACAUUCUCUAUUCUUACCGUGGGAUGGGUUUGUCUGUUGGGACAAUGAUUGCAGGAUGGGAUGAAAAGGGUCCUGGUCUGUAUUAUGUAGACAGCGAAGGCGGACGCCUCAAGGGAACAAAAUUCUCCGUUGGGUCUGGUUCACCGUAUGCUUACGGUGUACUUGAUAGCGGGUAUCGCUAUGAUAUGUCAAUUGAGGAAGCUGCUGAGCUGGCGAGAAGAUCCAUUUAUCAUGCUACCUUCCGUGAUGGAGCUAGUGGCGGUGUUGCCAGCGUGUAUCAUGUGGGGCCGACUGGAUGGACAAAGUUAUCGGGUGAUGAUGUUGGGGAGCUUCACUACUCUUACUAUCCGGUUGAACCUGCAAUUGUUGAACAGGAAAUGACUGAAGCUGUAGCUGCUUGAGUUGGUAUUUUGUUACUAAAAAAAUGUUAAGUUGAAUGUAUUUUCUUAUGAUUUCACAAGUUUAAGAUGACAUUUAAGUGUUCUUUUUUCUUGUUUACUAGAUUUCAGACUUUUACUUGUUUCUUUAUCUCAAAUAUUAUGAUCUCCAUAUUGGUCUCUGUAUUUGCAUUAAAAUUAUGAAUUUUUAGCAUAGG